AUGUCUAAAUACGCAAUUCUCGGCCUUGUUCUGGUCGGCACCGUUGCCUCUUUGGACUUUAUCGGUCGUACACAAUCUGCUGCUAUAAAGGGAAGAUUAGUAUGCGAGGGAAAGCCAGCUUCAGGAGUUAAAGUCAAGUUGAUGGAGUCCGAUAACAGUUUUGGACCUGGAUUCCUUGACAGCGAUGAUAAGAUGGCAUCAGGAAAGGCUGACUCGCAUGGAGAAUUCAAUUUGAGUGGAUCUACCAAGGAAAUCACCGGAAUCGAGCCCUAUUUGGUAGUGUUCCAUGAUUGCAAGGACGGAAUUACACCAUGCCAACGCGUGUUCCGUGUCAACGUUCCAAAAUCGUACACCAACAGCGGAAGCUCUGCCAAGAAAACCUAUGAUGCUGGAGUCAUCGAGCUUGCCGGAAAGUAUCCAGGAGAGACCAGAAGUUGCCUCAACUAAACUCUAAACACUUGAUUUUUGCUCAAAGUAAUAAACAAUUUAUAUAAUC